AUGGACAAAAAAAUCGUUGAUAGAGAAACACAUGACUUAAUGAAUGUUGACUCAUUCUCUCAACUUCCCUUCAUCCGCCCUCCACCUAAAGAAAAAGGCAUCCGCCUCUUUGGCAUCGAGUUCGGCGGACGAGCAGCUGCCGAAGUCAACGACGACUCCUCAGAAUCUCUCGAAACAACAUUCGAAGUUGAAAACCCCAACAUCAACAAAGAAACUAACCCCAACACCAACACCAACAACAGCGGCAACAACAACAAUGAAAACAACAGAAGAUUUGAAUGCCAUUAUUGUUGUAGAAACUUUCCAACUUCACAAGCCUUAGGUGGUCAUCAAAACGCUCACAAAAGAGAACGUCAACAUGCAAAACGACAACACCUUCAAUCAACUAUGGUACAUGCUACAUCUUUCUCUGAUCCACAUCUCUACCACCAUCACCACCAUCAUCACCAACAACAACAACAACAACAUCCUUUCUACAGAUUCACAUCAUCCUCACCAUCCUCAUUAUCAUCAUCACCUUCUUAUCCAACAUGGAACUCAAACUCAGCUACUGCAAGAUUCUAUAACCAUCCAACAUCUUCAUACUCUCAACAACCUAUUAAUGGUAGUCCUUUAGCUUUCUGGAGAAUCCCAAACGGCACCGUUCAGAAUAACCCUAGUUUCAACCAUGAACGUCCUUUGCCUUUACUUGUGUCCGAGGAAAGAGUGAAUCCGUCUCAGGACGGACACCCACGUGGAGUAGUUUGUUCUAAUGUUUCGCAUAAUCGCUACGUUUGUGAUACUAAACGUAGCGACCAUGUUAGUUUAGAUCUUCAUCUUUAA